UAGCUAACAAACAGUAGUUAUCAAUUUACUUGGAAACAUCAUGGACCUCCAGAUUCGUCAGUUGUUGGCCAAAGCUGAGACACAGAAAGACGCUGACGCUUUGAAGAAAGCGUAUGAUUUGAUCAAUGAAGGAACCAAAGAAAAGGCGGCAUCAGGUGGCAGGUGUUUCUGUCCCGAACUGUACGUUCUUUGCGCCGAACAAGCCUUUCAGCUGGGGCAGGCGGAGAUCACUGAAACCUGCCUGAUGAUGUACUUUAAAGGGAAACCUCCGACCAAUCAGUUCCUGUGCCGGGCCUACCUGUGCCAGGGCCAGCUCCGUGCGCGGGCGUCGGAGAGUGUGGAUGACGUUCAGAAGGCAGUGAUGUAUUUUCUGAAGGCUAUUGAGGUUUCAAAAGAGCAGCCCAGAUAUCACUUCUUGGUGUUCAACGCAUCUGUGCUGUACCUCCAGAGCGUGGGGCCCUUCCUCCGGCCGGGCUCCCGGCCCCGGCUCCACGCCUCUCUGACGCAGGUGCUCAGGGCCCUGGAAGAGGUGGGAGAGACGGACCAUCGCUGGAGGGCCGAGCUUAUGCUGCUCUUGAUAGAGUGCCUGGUGGAAGCUGGGAAAAUGAAAGAAGCUGCCAGUUGGGGCAAAGCCACGGCAGAUUUUAUAGGAGCACACACACCUGACCUGUAUCCUCGGAUAUUCACCUUACAGGUGCAACACAAGCUCCUGGAUCUGUCCAGAAGUCCCAAGAAAGCUGAGGAGAGCCUGACCUUAUCUGUGAUUUACAGAAUGCAAAAGCUGAAACAUCACGUGGGUGGGUCAGCCAGAAAGGACGAUGGCUCAAAGCUGAAAGAGAUCUUCCUGCUUCUGACCAACCCCACUGCUGCACGAACGCCUGGGUCCAGUCCUGGCCUGCCAGAGAACAUGCUGUCCAUCACGCCCGGAGAGAGGGCUUCGUUUCUUUUGGAGCUGGGCCACCUGGCAUUGCGGUUAAACGUACCUCAGAUGACAGCGGACUGCCUGAGCGAGCUGAAGAGGGCUGGACUCUCCGAUGCCGGCCACCUCAUUGCAGUGGAGUGUCUGAGGUUUGAACAGGAGCUCCACAAACGAGGGCCGAGAAUCGAGGAGUACAAGAGGAGUGACGUGGAGGCCCAGCAGAAGCUGGUGUCCAGGCUGGACCAGCUGCUGCAGAACGCCCUGCGGGUGGGCAGGGCAGACACUGUGCAGGGGGUGUGUGCCACGCUGUGGAACGCCUGUCUGCCCCUCCUCCAGCACAACCUGAGGCGGAGCAUCAGAAAGCCGCUCCUGCGAUUGGCCCAGGUGCUGGAAGACUCAAACAGUACACUGCUGGACCUGCGGUGUCAGGUGCACAGUGAGGUGGGUGUGUUGGAGGCGGAGGAGGACCACAUAGAGGCCGCCAUUGAGCAUGUGCAGAAGGCGCUGCGUCUGGACGCCAGGGGGGAGCACCAGGAACGUCUGAGCGCCAACCUGCAUGCCCUGCGCCUGCGCGCCCUGCUGUACGAGACGCCCGAACGCAGCGAGGACCGCGCCGCCAUGAUCAUCCAGCAGGCCAGGACAGCCGGCUCGAGGGACUCCAGGAGGAAGGUGCGGGCCAUGCUGGUGAACGCGGGCACAGCUCUGGCCCCGGAGGAGUUUCGGGCCGUCCUGGACGCAGACAAAGCCCCCAAAGGCGGUGCUGCAGGGACUGCGGUCAGCCAGCUGGCGGCGAAGGCCCAGCACCACACGGUCGGCGUGCAGCAGGCAGAGGGCCACCUGAGGAGACAGGGGGACCGGAAGGAUCCGGAGAGAGUGAGGCUGUGGGCGGAGCUGGCAAAGGUGUCCAGGAAGCUGGAGGCCUGGAGCGUGUGCCGGGCGGCGUGCCGGUUCUGCCUUCUCCAUGACGACAGCUGCCGGGAAACGCCGAUCAGUAACGGGGAGAGUAAGGAGGGGGAGAGUUCAGCGGACACCAGCCGCAGAGGGAGUCUCAUCUGCGCUACUGAGAGAGACCUGCUCCGCCUAUUGGCUGAGGUCCACUUCAUCAACGCAGAGGCCACAGUGCAGAAGCUGCGUGUGGAAGGCGUUCAGCUCAACGCAGCGCCCGUCCCGCCGCCGCAGAGAGCGAAGCGGCCAGCAGAGGGCGCCUCCGGCCAUCAGGAGGACGAUGCGCUGUGGACCGCCUACAGAGACUGGGUUCAGAACCUCUCAGCGUACGCCACGGAUAACUUCCUGCGUGCGGCGGAGCUGGGGGCGGAGCUUGGCGAGGCCUGGAUCGUCUCCAACGCGGCGGUGUACCUGUGGAACUAUAACAGCCACGCCCUGGCCUCGGGGGGACAGCGCCACCUGGUGGUCACCUUUCAGACUCUGAUCGAGCUGCUGAAAAAGACAGGCCACUCUGGGCAGGUGCAGCUGCUGGCUCUGCUGUGUAACUCAGUGGCUCAGGGUCUGACCCAGCCCUGGAUCCCCUCGCCCAGCGAGCCUGCUCCAGAGACCCAGGACAGCGAGAGGGCCCCGCCCAGCCGGGCCAGGAAGGUGGCAGAGAAACGGGGCAGUGUGCUGGGACAGCCUCUGGAGCCAGGGGGCACUCUGGAUGUGAGGAAGGCCCUGGAGCUGUGCGAGUACGCUCUGCGUCUCACCAACGGGAGCGCGUCGGCAGACUCCGUGUCCGUCGCCACGCGGAAACGGGUCAUCGGGACUUGGGUCCGGACCAAGCAGCUGCUUCAGCAACAGAUAGGGCAGAAACUGGACUUCGAGGAGGAGAGUAAGAGCACAGAGGUGACAGCACUGUGGCGUGUGUUGGUGAGCGUGGAGAUGCUGGUGUGUAACUCCAGCUCCAGGUUAAUGGAGUUCUCUGUUCCCAGUGCAGGAGAGCUGGUGAGAAUGGCGACUGAGUGCGUGUGGGCGGAGCCUCUGGUGGAGCUGCAGGUGUGGACACACCUGGCCCAUUUCUCCCACCAGGCCCAAGAACAGGAGCUUGUGAUCACCUGCUCCCAGAAUGCACUGCGGCUGGAAGCACAGGCCUUGAAGAAGCUGAAGAUCACGAGCCUCGCUCUGUACAGCAGCAGACAGCUGUACGAGAUGCUGAGCAGCGUGGCCUGUUUGAGGGGGCAGAGUUUGCUGCAGAAGUCAAAGGGACAUCCUGGCCUGUACAGAGAAGCUCUCCACACCCUGCAGUCCAGUGUGAGCUACGGGGAGAAGGCUGGCAGCCAGGCCCUGUGCAUGGUGGGGGCCAGGCACUACUGGAACUCCUGCCUGCCCCUGCUGCGGACCCCCCAGGACAGACAGCAGCUCCAGAGCUCUGUAGAGAAGAUCCUCAGAUCCAUGGCCAGUACCAGCUCUACAGAGGGAAAGGAUGAGGGAGCCAGGAUCCCAGUGAAACUGGCCUCAGAGUCCUCCCUGGGUGCGGGGAUCCCCAGUCUGGAGAUUUCGGGUGCUGUCACACGAGGCGAUGACCUAACUCUGAGAGCUGCGUUCUAUGGCCUCCUCUUCUGUAUCCAUGGCGACAGGAAUGACUGGCGGGCAGGGCUGAAGGUGCUGGACCAGGCGGUCAGAGAAAUGCCCCGGACCAAGCACAGGCUGCUUCUCUUCAAGCAGCGUGCAAUGGCCCGGGCCAGGCUGGGGGAGACCUUGCUCAUAGACAUGCAGCGUUUUGGGGAUGAGGGAGAGGAGUGCCUGUCCCAUAUGUGGCACCACCUGGCCCACUGCUCCGCUGUGCAGGAACACAGAGUGACCUGCUACCGCAACGCCAUCACAUCCCUACAGAGUGCGAGCAGUCGCUGGCAGAAAGUGGAGUACCUGCUGGAGUUUGGGGAGUGGCUGUACUGGGCCCACUUCCCCGCGGCUGAGGCCCUGAGCUCCAUCCGCCAGGCAGAGGACAUCCUGCUGCUCAUGCAGGCUGCAGACCAGCAGGACCCCGAAGAUUCUGGAUCUGAGACCAGGAAGCAGGAAGACAGUGAGGAGCUGAAGGCUCCCCUGACAGACGGGCCACUGAAGGGAGAGUCUCCCAGCCUCACUCUGUCUGCCCUGAGGGACGUUCGUCAGCUGGAGGGGCUGCUCAGGGUCCACACCCUGCUGGCCUCUGUGACGGGCGGGGCCCCCGCUCACCUGCAGCACUGCCUGCUGGCCUACACCUGCGCCCUGCGCAUCUGGCAGGUGUCUCUGGGCGCUGCAGGUGACGUGAUCACAGACGGGAUGGACAGUCAGGCCCCUCCCUCAGCCUCAGCAAAGAGAGACAAAGACAAGAAGACCAAAGAGCCCCCUGAGGAGAAGCCCAAACGGAAGGGCGCCGCGGAGGUCCCGGUGGAAGUCCCGCCCCCCGGCCCGGAGGAGUGGGCGCGGUACGACUGCCCCCCCGAGGUGCGGCUGGCCUUCAGGCGCGACAGAAGCCCCCGAACCCUCAACCGACUGAGCGUCAGCAACCAGACUCAGACUCUGUACUUCCUGGACCUGCUGGUGAAAGAGCUGAAUUCACGUGCGCUAACCCACCUGACUCUACCUGUCCUACACCUGGCUGAGGUCAUCGCCCACGACCUGAUGGACAGCAGGAGUGUCUCUGACCUGUACCGCCUGAGGAUAGCGAGGGCGUGUUCCCAGCUGAGGCUGAACACGUCUGCAUCGUAUCACGAGAAGCGUGUCGGACCGGUUCACAUCUAUGAGGAGGAGCGAAUGGCGUGCCGGGAAGCCAUGGCUUCGUCGGGAGAGGCCCCCAGUGACAUGGCAGACGAGGCCCUGAUUGACAGCGGCGGUCCGGCUGGGAGUCUGAGCAGACGCUGGGCCCAGGGGGUCUGGAUCGAGAAGGCUGAAAUCCUCCUGCGGCUGGGCCGUUACCAGCCUGCCAGGGAGCUGCUGGCUGAGGCCCACUUAGUGUCCACGAAACUGGGAGACAGAACCUCGCAGGCGAAGAGCUUGCUCCUCCUGGCUGAGCUGGCCAAUCAGGAGAGACAUCACGGCCAGGCCCUGGCUCUGCUCAGAGAGGCCCAGGCCAUUGGUGGAGACGAGGACUUCUGGUACCAUGUGACCCAGGGCCUGGUGAAGGCCACUGUGGAUGGGGGCGGGGAGGAGAGAGACACCCAGGCGUGUCAGAUCCUAGAACAUGCCAGCACGGUUCUGCAGUCAGUUCUGGAGGAAAGGCCCAACAGAGGUGCGGUUCUGAGGUUCCUGGUGGCGUCUUUAGAGACCAGGAGAGCGGCAUUGCAGGUGAAGUCAGUUAAAACGUCUGACCCUGAAUGGGUGAAGAUGUUGACAGCAGCCUGCGAGGCUCUCAGAAACAGCGCAGAUGAGUUUCUCCAGCUGGGUCACCAGGAGCAUGGGGCUGAGGCAGUCCUGGAGCAGGCCCAGGCACUGAGAAUGCUGGCCAAGCAUGCUGCCAGUGAAGAGGCGCAGCGGCGCCACCUGCUGGAUUCCUACUUCCUGAUGCAGCAGGCUGUUUCCAGGCAACAGGAGGUGGCGCUCACAUCGCAGAGCCUGCUGCCAGCUCAAGCGACUCGGCCCCUCAGCCUGCCUGCAGUGAGGGCUCUGCUGAGCUCCAGGCUGGCCCUGGCGGGGCUGGGCACGGCCAUGCUGGAGCAGGUGUGCAGGGAGCAGAGGGAGCGGGAGCAGGUAGAGGAGCGCAUGGGCCCCGUGGAGAGAAGACUGGAGCACUUCCUGCAGGCCUCCCCCGACCUGACCUCUCGGCAGCGGGAGUGGCAGACUGUCAGCCGGACCCUGGGGCAGACGGUUCUGACCCAGCUGCAGACGGCCGUCGGGCUCAGCGCAGACUGCGCGGAGGACAGAGCCGCCUCCCUGUGCAUGCUGGGAAGGUGUCUGCAUCUGCUGGCGGUGCGGAAGGAUCCCCUGUUACACUCCAGCCAAUGGGAGAGCCCAGAUCCGGUCCCCACGUCUGCCGCCGAUGGAAAUGGGGAGGAGCCGAGUGUCUCUGCACUCACAGAGAAGGGGGCGGGGCCAGAGGAGAAUCAUGAACCCAUAGGAUCAGACCAGAGGAAGAGCACGCCCACAUCUGCCAGACUGCAGGCGAAGCGGGAGGCGGCUCAGCAGCUGUUUGCCCAGGCCAGUGAGACGCUAGCCCAGGCUGUUAGCCUGUGUCUGCAGCACCAGCUCACACACGUCCUGCCCACAGCCUGCCUGACUGCGCUCCAGUGCUACGGCCAGUACGACCCCAGUGCUGCCGGCCAGUACCUGGCCCUGUACCAGAGCUGUCUGUGCUGUGGGCAGAUGGCAGAGGUGUUAAGAGCAGCCUGCAGUGACAGCACUGAAUCCCAGCUCUCCGCUCUGCUCAACCUUCACACCAACCUGCAGGGGUCAGCACAGAGAGGGGAGGCUGCCAGCACCCUGCUGGGGCCCACCAAGGACAGACUCACACGCCUGUCAAAGGCAUACGUACAGCUGAACAUUAACCCAAACCACAUGAGCAUUGUGGGUGAGCUCCCCACCAGCUUCAAGAUUCUGCUGCUUCAGCAUUCUGAGGAUGGGGCUGCUCUCUACGGGGCCUGCUUUGAGAAGGGGAAGCCUGCGGACAGCCAGAGGGGAAAGAGUCUUCACCCGGCAGCAGGUACGCUGGACUGCAGCGCGGUCGCUAAGGUCGGCGUGUGCCCGGCGACCCUCUCCAGCCUCCGGGACCGCGCCCGUUCCUUCAAACGCGAAGCCGCGUGGGCGAGGGAGGGGGGCCAGCCUGCCGGGAACAGCACCCCGGCCGUGACAUCACACCCGAGCGGCAUGGCCUCUCAGUUCAGCGCUCUUGUGCAGGACAUGGAGGGGUAUCUCCUGCCCCUGCUCUCUCAGCUCCCUCUGUCCUGGGUCAGGGGCCGAGCCCCCACCACACACCUCUCGGAGAGCGUCAAACCCAGAGAAAAAGAGGAGAGGUCAGCCAGCGGCAAGGUGCGUUCUCCAGUGGACCCGGGUGUGAGUGUGGUUCUGCUGGUGGACAUUGCGUUGAUGGAGCUGCCUCUGGAGGCUCUGAGCGUCCUGCAGGAGGAGGGGGUGAGCUCUGUGUCUCGGGACUUCAGCAUACAGCUGUUCCACGCUCGCCUGCAGAAAGACGAAUCAGUUGAAAGUGAGAGGAAGGAGGCUGGAGGGGGGAGAGGGGGAAAGGUGCGGGCGGAUCAGAGCAAGGCCUUCAAAGGGGUGCCCGUGAAUCGAGUGCUGCCUCCAGACUCCCUCCCUGUGGACACGCACAACGUCAAAUAUGUGGUGGACCCUUACAAUGAAGCGGGUGAAACUGGAGGGGGCGGUCCCGUGCAGGGAAUGGGGCGGAUCUUAGAGGCGUACGGACAGCAGAUGACCGCCCUAUGGGAGGGGAUUCUGGGCCCGGAGCACUUGCCCAGUCUGGAUGAACUAGAACACCUGUUGGGAAACUGCAGUGGCUUCAUCUUCAAUGGAACCGAGCGUUUCUUGGCUAGCGUCCCCGCAUCCAGAAUCUUAUCAUUACAGCUUUCAGACUGCCAGAUGGUCAUGCUGUUUGACCAGGCUCAGACCAGCAGCAGUGCACUCAGGCAGACCAAGCUGGAUGAGCUAAAGAGCCCGGAGCAGCUGGCCCUGCAGGGACCCCUGUGGACCGCAGCCCUCCUGAGCCUGGCCGGGGUGCGCGCCAUCACACUCAACCAGUGGCACAGCACCUUCCAGAACAACACGCGCAACAUGGACAGCCUGCUGGAGAGUCUGCUGAAGGUGGGUGUGGCCUCAGGCCAAGCUGUGCAUGCACUGCGGCAGGGGACCACAAAGAGCUGCGCUGCGUCUGAGGAGAGAGAGCCAGGGGACGACUGCCAGAAAGGGUCUGUAGUUCCUGAGUUCUCUGAAGUGACCGGGGGAAGUUCUCACUCUGCCUCACCCUCCAUUUUCAAUCACAUCAUCUACGGCCUGCCUAAUUUAGUCCUGACAUGAUUCAGUUCACAUCUACGGCCUGCCUAAUUGAAUAAUUUUGUUAGAGUUUAGCUACAAAGUACUAACCGUUAUAU